AUGGGUCGACCAAAGCGCAACGUCGUCGCAGCUGCAGACGAGACCACAACUCCGCCUUUUGAACUGACUGCCACCCAAUCGAUCGCACGUGUGAUCAAAGCCGAAGGAAAUAGCUUGUACUCCUGUUUGCUCCCCAAUCAAAAGACCGUUCUGGUCGAGCUCGAGUCCCGGUUCCGCAACACCAUCUGGCUGAAGCGUGGGGGCUAUGUCCUGAUCGAUACCAAAGAGGCUACAGUGAGACAGAACAAGAUUGACGGCGAGAUCAUGAACGUAGUUCGGGAUGAGCAUUUGUGGAGAAAGGAGGCUUAUUGGCCAAAGGAAUUCCCAAAGGCCUCGGCGUACCCAGAGGAUUCGGACGAAGAGGAAUCGACAGUCGGAAAGAUGCCACCAUCAGACUCGGAAGACGAAUAG